CUGCACCUCCGCAGUCCGCAUCUUACAGCCGCCGUUCGAGCUUUCACAGCCAUGGCCUCCCACGAGCCACCGUCGCCGCCGCCGCCGCCGCCCGCUCCGACCACCAUUAACGCUCUCACAGAUGACCUCCUCCGCGAGAUCUUUUUCCGCCUCCCGGACCUCCCGAGCCUUACCUGCGCAGCCUUCACCUGCCGCGCCUUCCUCCGCGCCGUCCGCUCCUCCCCGGCCUUCCGCCGCCGCUUCCGCGAGCUACAUGCGCCGCACAUCCUCGCCCUAUUUGUCGAACCCGACAUGCGCGCCUUCGUCCCCGCCAUCAGUCGCAUGUCCGACAACACGGGCAUGACUGCCGUCUUCGCCAAUUUACUCAGAGACGACGGCUCCUCCGAGUGGAGAAUCAAUUCCGAGGCCCCCUACUCCGACGGGUACGUCCUCUUCGUCAACCGGAACACCAAGCAGAGUGUCUGGUACAAUGUCCACACGCAGGCCCUGGAAAUCUACCCUAAGGAGUCCCACGCCGGCGUCCAUGACUUCCUUGAGUUCCACACGCUCCCUGCCGACCGAGAGGACCAGAAGCCAUCACACGUCGUCUGCGUCCAUAACGACCGCGUGGCCGUCUUCUCGUCUCACGCCAUGGAAUGGCGGGUCUUCCCGGAGCCCGGGUCGCCGCUGCUUCAGGGCCACAGGUACACGAUGAGUACUGUUGUCAAUGGGUUCGUCUGCUGGCUAUAUCAAGACUGCAUUCUUGCGCUCAACACUUCUACCUUUCAGUUCUCCCUAGUGUAUCUGCCGCCACUCUUCAACUCAAAUUUCAAUAUUGGUCAGACCAAGGAUGGAGAUCUCUGUAUGGUAGAUGUACAGGAAUGCAAGCUUUCUGUUUGGCUCUGGACAACCGACACUGACGGUGUCCAGGGAUUUAUGCUGCACAAGACGUUUCCGUUGCACACAAGUGUUAAGGAGAUCACCAAGCGUUCAGUAGAGGAUAUUGCUGAUGUUGGAUCGCAGCUUAUAAUAGUUAUCGAUGGCUUUGUGUACCUAUCUGUUGUCUACGGUGGAGAUCCGCAAUCUUGCUGGUUCCUCUCCGUCUGCGUGGAAACAGCGGAGGUGAACUUCCUAUUCAAGACAACAUCUUGUUCUUACUGUUUCGAUCCGUACAUCAUGGCCUGGCCUCCUUCUUUGAUACACAGCAAGCAGGAUUCAGAAACUGAAGUUAGUGUUGGUGAUAAUGGUCGUGUGGGCAAAGAAGAGGCCUCUCCUAUCCUUUUCACAGCAUUGCGAUCAUUCAAAGAAGCUUUGAUUGAUGAUGACAACGUAAAGUUCGCGGAGAUGGAUGCCUUCUUACUUGAUGAUGAGAUUAACUCUCUUCAGACAAAAAUCACUACUUUAGAAGCAGGAUUAGCAGCUGUGAGACACCGUAUCUUGAGAAUAGAUGCUCACUCUGAGAUCUACAAGAAAUGGAAGGAAAGACAGAGUUGGUGGCAAAUGUGCAAGGGGAUGUUGUGGAGAGCUUGUUUCCGUUUUUUAGCCAGUUGAUCUUUGUGUGGUGUCUUUCAUCUCAAGAGUCAUGCUUCUGUUGAAGUGUUGAAUUGCUACUUUAGUUUUGGAUUGCGUGAAUGCAUUAUGUGCUAGUUGACUACUGUGUCUGGUGAGUGUAACUGAUCAGUACCUAUGUCUAGCACUCUAGCUGGCAAGAGACUUGAGUUCUUUACAUGUUCAUACUUGAGAUUGACUAUUCAGUGUCAUUAUGAAUAUAAGCCACGAGCUUUAGCCUAGAGGUUAUUUGUCUA